AAAAAACAAAAAAAAAUAAAUUGACCAAGAAAUAAAUAAGAAAGAGAAUAAUAAAAAAAAAAGAAGGAUCAAGAUGGCCUCAAAUGUUCCAAUAAUAAUAAAAUCUUUUUUCUUUAUAUUAAUCCUUCUGAAUAUAAAAUCAUUUCCGUUAGCAUAUCAUAUCAGAACCGUUCCAUUAAUUUUAGAAACUUUUAAAAAUCGGAAUAAUAAUAAUGAAGAUAGGGAUUUAUUUCAAGCUACAGAAAGCACAUAUAGUGUUUUAUUUGAUGAUUUAGAUACAAAUAGGCAUAUGAACAAUAGUUCGUAUAACAAAGUGUUAGAUCAUGCAAGAGGACAUUUCUUUGCAGCAUCAUUUGCAAACUAUAUGUGGAAUCAUAAAGUAGUUAUAAUGCAAAAAUCUGUCUUAAUGAUUUUCAAUCAUGAAAUUCCACCAUUUUCAAAUUACUCAGUAUAUACAAGAAUUUUAACAUGGGAUCAAAAAUGGCUCAUAUUAGUAAGUUAUUUUAGACUUCAUAAAGAGAAUAAAAUUGUUUCAUUAGGAUUAUCAAAAUGUAUAUUUAAAGAACCUAACGGUAAAACGAUCAGACCCGAAGAAUUAUUUAUAGGUAGUGGGUAUUUAAAGAAUGAUAGUGAAAAAAAAAAGGAAGAAAGAGAGGAUAGAAGACAAAAAGGAAUGAAAUUUGUCGAAGGAACUUAUUUAGCUGAAAGGUUAUUUGAUGAUGAAUUUAUAAAAGAUCUUAAUGUAAAAAAUAAAAUACCCGCAAAAUUAUAAUUUAUAAUUGUAUCUUUAAUUUAAUAAUUAAUAGAUUGUAUUAUGUUUAGAUUUGAUGUUAAG